AUGGGCGGCUGUUGUUCUCGUGGCAAACGCAACAACAGCGAAAAUGUAGACACCUCCACCGCGCCCGGUGGGAAUAACAACAACGACCCCACCUGUUCUCGUUCACAACAGACUUCCUACAAAACCGCGCCUUCGUCGUCUCAUCAAGGAGCCUCAACCACCAAGCCUUCGAAGACGGGACCGAUCGGACCGGGAGGUUCAGAUAAUGCACCAUUUGACCGGACAGCCUUGAACCAGGAUACACUGCUUGACAACGCAGUGCUAACCAGGCUCAAGCAGUUCAAAGCCAUGAACCAGUUCAAGAAAGUCGCCUUGAAGGUGAUCUCAGGGUGUUUAUCAGAGGAAGAGAUAAGGGGAUUGAAGGAGAUGUUUAAGGGCAUGGAUACCGAUAACAGUGGGACGAUAACACUUGAAGAACUCAAGCACGGGCUUGCUAAGAAAGGAACAAAACUAUCAGAAUAUGAAGUUAAACAAUUAGUGGAAGCAGCUGAUGCAGACGGGAAUGGAACGAUAGACUACGAAGAGUUCAUCACAGCAACAAUGCAUAUGAGUCGAAUGGAUAGAGAAGAACAUCUCUACCGUGCAUUCCAGCACUUUGAUAAAGACAAUAGCGGGAUGGAAGAAUAAAAUAUGACGAAUUCGUGGCAAUGAUGAAAAAAGGGAACCCAGAACCAAAUCUAAAAAAUUGACGUGACGAAGUCAUUUGGAUUUUUCACCACCGAUUAAAAUGAAAAAAAAGGACUUUCUGUUGAAUCACAGCUUUUAUGAGAAUGAAGAAGUUGACGUGAAAAUAUAUAUGCAUGUAUCAGUGCAUUCGAACCAUUAAUAUAUACGACAUAUGUGUUUUUAUGUA